GUUUAUCUAGCAGGUACAAUGCUUGGUUGAUUAGCUUACAUUAAGCUAGAUUACCGAGGCAAUUUUUGUUUUACCAAAACAGUGACGAUGGAAUGUUUUCCAAAAAAGCAACGAUCUCUCGGGAGAAGCACCGACUCUUGUCAAUAAUUCGUCCGCACAAGAAACAACAAACCGGUUGUGUUCGGGAGGACAAUGUUCAUUCAGAGAACGUCCCGCCCCAAGAAGCUCUCUCGCGCAGCGGUCGGCUUGGCGCGGGCGCGAGCGUGAGCGCCGACGGUUGGUGCGGGCGCGGCCGCGGCCUAUUGCCGGGAUCUAGUCGGUGAGGGCUGGGAGGCUGGUCAGCCGGGUUGUACUCUCAAUGUCGCGCAGGGACAAGAGCAGGUUCGCCAAUCGCAGGCCAGGCUCAGCAUUUCAACCUCGGGCAGCCGAGCCGCCUGUGCCUGCUGGCGUAAUUAAAACGGCCAGGAAAAGUGGACAGCUGAAUCUUUCCAAUAGAGAGUUGAGCGAGGUGCCUCAGAGCGUAUGGCGGAUAAAUGUGGACCCCCCAGAAGAAUCCUACAUGAAUGUCUCUUUUACUGCAAGUGACCGAUGGUGGGAUCAGACAGAUUUAACUAAACUUAUCUUGGCAUCGAACAGACUGCACUGCUUAUCAGAGGAUAUUCAGCUCCUACCAGCCCUCACAGUGCUUGAUGUCCAUGAUAAUCUCCUGAGUUCGCUACCUUGUGCAGUUGGACAGCUGUCACAACUUCAGAAGCUCAAUAUUAGCCACAAUAAACUAAAGGAGUUGCCAGAUGAGCUGUGGAAUUUAACGAGUUUGAAAAGUUUGUAUCUUCAUCACAAUGAAUUGGAGCGGAUUCAAGAGGGCAUUGGUAAACUUGUUCAUUUGGAAGAGCUGGAUGUGUCCAGCAAUCAACUUACAGCAAUUCCAAGCACUCUUGGUGAGCUGUCCAGUCUACUUAAAUUCAUUCUGGCUAACAACAAACUGAAGUGCAUACCCUUGGACAUUAGCAAAAUGAGAAGUUUAAAAUUGUUGGAUGCAAAUCAUAAUGAACUUGAAUGUGUUCCUCGAGAGUUAGCAAAUAUGGUGUCAUUACAACAACUUUACUUGAGGCAUAAUAAACUUCACCAUCUACCACAGUUACCAUCCUGUAAAUAUUUAAAGGAACUACAUGUAGGAAAUAACCAGAUUGAGAAUCUGGGCUCAGAGCACUUGAAAAAUCUAAGUUCUAUCACUGUGCUGGAGCUCCGCGACAACAAAUUGAAAUCACUACCAGAUGAAAUUCUUAUGCUUCAAGACUUAGAACGACUUGACCUCACAAAUAAUGACAUUAGCAGCUUGCCUUAUGCUCUGGGAAAUCUUCCUAAGUUGAAGUCUCUGUUGCUGGAGGGUAAUCCACUCCGUUCUAUUCGCAGGGAUAUUAUUCAUAGAGGAACUCAAGAACUUCUCAAGUACUUAAGAAGCAGAAUACAAGAAGAAACAACUGGCCAAGAUAAAAGUGGUUCAACAACAGCUAUGACUCUUCCCAGUGAAUCUAUGAUCAAUACAUAUGCCUUAGGAACACAGAAAGUGUUAGAAUACAGUGACAGAAAAGCCACCAUUGUUCCUGAUGAAGUAUUUGAUGCCUGUGAUGGAGUACCCGUCACUACUGUGAACUUGAGUAAAAACUUACUUACUGGAGUGCCUUCUCGGAUUUCAGAACUUAAAGCCACCAUCACCGAUGUAAAUCUUGGUUUCAACAAGCUUAGUUCUGUUUCCCUAGAACUUUGCACAUUGGAGCUUCUGAUUCAUCUGGAUCUUAGAAAUAACCUUUUGGCAUCCCUGCCAAUGGAAAUAAAACAACUACAGCAAUUGCAAACUAUAAUCCUUUCUUUUAACAGGUUUAAGGAGUUCCCUAAUGCCUUAUACCAUAUCCCAGCACUAGAAACUAUUCUUAUUAGUAAUAAUCAGGUGGGCUCGAUUGAUGCUUUCCAACUGAUGCAACUCGACAAACUGACCACACUGGACAUGCAGAAUAAUGAUUUAAUGCAGGUCCCACCAGAGCUGGGGAGCUGUGUAAACCUAAGAACCCUCCUCCUCGAAGGAAAUCCAUUUCGUAAUCCACGGGCAGCUAUCUUGGCUAGAGGAACAGCUGCAGUCCUGGAAUAUCUUAGAAACCGCAUUCCUACAUAAAUCUGUGCCUGAGAGAGGAAGAAUUGCUUUACUGAAGAUACUGCACUGAUUGAAGACUUAAUCAAUAUAAAGUAUUUAAAGAGGCUUUAAAAGGAAAUUGUGGCUUGUUCCAUAAUAUUAAAAUAGUUGUUUCAAGAUUACAUUUGCUCUUAGAGAUUUAAAGUUGACUUCAGUAGCCACGUUUCAGUGCAGUUAAGUAUGACGUACAUGAUCUAUUUACAUCAGAAACAAUGGUCUAGGUGUCACUUUUCAUUGAGUAUGAGAGGAGGAUCUUCGCACUUUUGCAUUACAUGUCAAAUUGUGCAUGCAUUUUGCUGCAGCACAUGAUUGAAUCUUUUCAGUUUAGCACAUUAGUAAUGGUUUGUACCUCCAAUGAGCAAUUAAUUGAACUUUCUUCUGAAAUAUCAGGAUAGACAUGCUUCUGAUUUCUUUUGAAUAUUGAACUCCUGGGGUAUCUUAAUGUACUUUGUUUUGUAAGUUUCUGGCUGACAUUUGGCAGUUUUGAAAUAUGCUGUGUUCUGCUGAUUAUUUGGGUGAUCCUGAUGUUUUUUAUUAUUAUUCAUCAUUCAUAUUGCUUCAAUACAUAAGAUAUUAUUAAAUCUGUGUUGAGCAGUCCUUCCUUGACAUGCAAACAUCUUUUUUUUAAAGAAAAUUUCUCACCUAGUUGUUUUCUUAUAAAUACAUUAGGACAGGUGAUUUAUUUAGACCAUAAGACAUAGGAGUGGAAGUAAGGCCAUUCGGCCCAUCAAGUCCACUCCGCCAUUUAGUUCAUGGCUGAUGAGCAUUUCAACUCCACUUCCCUGCACUCUCCCCAUAGCCUUUGAUAUCCUGUGAGAUCAAAAAUUUGUCGAUCUCUGCCUUGAAAGCAUCUAAUGUCCCGGCCUCCACUGCACUCGGUGGCAAUGAAUUCCACAAGCCCACCACUCUCUGGCUGAAGAAAUGUCUCCUCAUUUCCGUUUUAAAUUUACCCCCUCUAAUUCUAAGGGUGUGCCCCCGGGUCCUAGUCUCCCCGCCUAAUGGAAACAACUUCCCAGCGUCCACCCUUUCUAAGCCAUACAUUAUCUUGUAAGUUUCUAUUAGAUCUCUCCUCAACCUUCUAAACUCUAACGAAUACAAUCCCAGGUCCCAUCGUACAUUAAACCUACCAUUCCAGGAAUCAUCCAUGUGAAUCUCUGCUGGACACGCUCCAGGGCCAGUAUGUCCUUCCUGAGAUGUGGGGCCCAAAAUUGGACACAGUAUUCUAAGUGGGGCUUAACCAGAGCUUUAUAAAGUCUCAGAAGCACAUCGCUGCUUUUAUAUUCCAACCCUCUUGAGAUAAACGACAACAUUACAUUCGCUUUCAUAAUCAUGGACUCUACCUGCAAGUUAACGUUUAGAGAAUCCUGGACCAACACUCCCAGAUCCCUUUGUACUUCUGCUUUAUGAAUUUUCUCACCAUUUAGAAAAUAGUCCAUGCCUGUAUUCUUUUUUCCAAAGUGCAAAACCUCGCGUUUGCACACAUUGAAUUUCAUCAGCCAUUUCCUGGACCACUCUCCUAAACUGUCUAAAUCUUUCUGCAGCCUCCCCACCUCCUCAGUACUGCCUGCCUGUCCACCUAUCUUUGUAUCAUCGGCAAACUUCGCCAGAAUGUCCCCAGUCCCUUCAUCCAGAUCAUUAAUAUAUAAAGUGAACCGCUGCGCCCCCAACACUGAACACUGCAGGACAUCACUUGUCACCGGUUGCCAUUCCAAAAAAGAGCCUUAUAUCCCAACUGUCUGCCUUCUUCAGACAGCCAAUCCUCAAUCCAUGCCAGUAGCUCACCUCGAACACCAUGGGUCCUUACCUUGCUCAGUAGCCUCCCGUGAGGCACUUUAUCAAAGGCCUUUUGGAAGUCUAGAUAGAUAACAUCUACUAGGUUUCCCUGCUCUAACAUACUUGUUACCUCUUCAAAGAAUUCUAACCGGUUUGUCAGGCAUGACCUCCUGUUACUAAAUCCAUGCUGACUUAUUCUGAUCUGACCCUGCACUUCCAGGAAUUUAGAAAUCUCACCCUUAACAAUGGAUUCUAGAAUUUUACCAACAACCGAGGUUAGGCUAACCGGGGUAUAAUUUUCCAUCUUUUGCCUUGAUCGUUUCUUAAACAAGGGGGUUACAGCAGCAAUUUUCCAAUCAUCUGGGACUUUCCCAGACUCUAGUGCCUUUUGAAAGAUCUCAACCAAAGCCUCUGCUAUUUCCUCAACCACCUCCCUCAGAACUCUAGGAUGUAGCCCAUCGGGGCCAGGAGAUUUAUCAAUUUUUAGAUCUUUUAGCUUUUCUAGCACUUUCUCUUUUGUAAUGCCUACCAUACUCAACUCUGCCCACUGACUCGCCCUAAUUGUUGGCACACUACUCAUGUCUUCCACUUUGAAGACUGAUGCAAAGGACUUAGUAAGUUCUUCAGCUAUUUCCUUAUCUCUCAUCACUAGCCUUCCAGCAUCAGUUUGGAGCGGCCCAAUGUCUACUUGUGCCUCUCUUUUGUUUCUUAUGUAUUGAAAGAAACUUUUCCUAUCAUUUCUAAUAUUACUAGCUAGCCUAACUUCAUAAUUCAUCCUCUCCUUCCUUAUUUCUCUCUUUGUUAUCUUCUGUUUGUUUUUGUAGCCUUCCCAAUCUUCUUAUUUCCCAGUGCUCCUGGCCACUUUAUAGGCUGUCUCUUUUUCUUUGAUACAUUUCCUGACAUCCUUUGUCAGCCAGGGCUGUCUAAUCCCACCCAGGAUAAUCUUCCUUUUCUUUGGGAUGAACCUCUGCACUGUGUCCUCAAUUACACCCAGAAACCCCUGCCAUUGUUGCUCUACUGUUUUCCCCGCUAGGCUCUGCUUUCAGUCAAUUUUCGUCAAUUCCUCUCUCAUGCCCCUGUAAUUACCUUUAUUUAACUGUAACAGCAUUACAUCCGAUUUUGCCUUCUCUCUUUCAAACUGCAGACUGAACUCUACCAUAUUAUGAUCGCUGCCUCCUAGUGUUCCCUUACUUUAAGAUCUUUUAUAAAGUCAGGCUCAUUACAUAGCACUAAGUCCAGAAUAGCCUGCUCCCUUGUGGGCUCCAUCACAAGCUGUUCCAAAAAGCCAUCCUGCAAACACUCCAUGAAUUCCCUUUCUUUGGAUCCACCGGCAACAUUAUUCACCCAAUCCACCUGCAUAUUUAAGUCCCCCAUGAUCACCGUGACCUUGCCUUUCUGACAUGCCCUAUCUAUUACCCAAUGCAUCUUGCGUCCCUGGUCCUGAUCACUGUUAGGAGGUCUGUACAUAACUCCCAUUAUGGAUUUUUUGCCUUUGUGGUUCCUCAACUUCACCCACACAGACUCCACAUCCUCUGAUCUGAUGUCAUUCAGUGCCGUAGAUUUAAUUUCAUUCUUAACCAACAAGGCAACCCCGCCCCCUCUACCCACCUCCCUGUCUUUUCAAUAAGUUGUGAAUCCUUGGAUGUUUAACUGCCAGUCCUGAACUCCCUGCAACCAUGUCUCUCUGAUGCCUACCACAUCAUAAUCAUUCAAGAUGAUUUGUGCUGUUAAUUCAUUUACUUUGUUGCGAAUACUACAAGCAUUUAGGUAAAGUGCCUUAAUGCUAACUUUCUUAUCAUUAUUAGAGAUAUUGGAAAUCCUAAGAUGUCUUAAGCUAUCCUUCCUUUUUGCUGUAUUCCUAGUCUGCCUCGAGCUUAAACCCACCUUUACACAUGCUUUCCUGUUGCUUAUCUUUCCAUUUAACUCCAUAUUCACUUUCGCUUUCCCUUCCCCCCGACUCAGAAGUUUAAAGUCCUACUGACCACCCUAUUUAUCCUUUUCGCUAGAACACUGGUUCCAGAUCGGUUCAGAUGGAGACCGUCCCAACGGUACAGCUCCCCUCUGUUCCAAAACUGAUGCCAAUGCCUCAUGAAAUGGAAUCCCUUUUUCCUACACCAAUCCCUUAGCCACGUGUUUACUUCCCUAACUUUCUUUUCCCUCUGCCAAUUGGCACGUGGCUCAGGCGGUAAUCCAGAGAUUAUGACCCUUGAGGACCUGUACUUCAAUUUCUUUCCUAGUGCUUGAUAAUCCCUGAACAGGUCCUCUACCCCAGCUUUGUCUAUGUUGUUAGUCCCAACGUGGACCACGACAACUGGAUCCUUCCCCUCCUGCUCCAAUAUCCUUUCAAGCCGGUCGGAGAUGUCCCGCACCCUGGCACCGGGCAGGCAACACACCAUGCCGGACUCCCGAUCCGGCUUGCAUAGGAUACUAUCUGUCCCCUAAUUAUAGAAUCCCCUGUAACAACUACCUGUCUUUUUGCUCCACCCUCUUGAAUGGCCUUCUGCACCAUGGUGCUAUGGUCAGCUGGCUCAUCCUGUCCACAGUCCUUUCUCUCAUCCAUACAGGGAGCAAGAAUCUCAUACCUGUUGGUCAAGGUCAAGGGCUGAGGCUCCUGCACUCCUGAACUCAGAAUCCCCCUACCUGCCUCAAUUACAGUCACACUCUGUUGUCCCUGAACACUUUUUGAAUUUAAAUUACUUAAUCUACCGGGUGUGACUGCCAAAAGACAUGUUUAAGACUACUCGUGACAAAUACUCAAAUUCUACAUGCAGUGAUCUUCCAGACUUUGUGAUCUCUUUAAAAUCCAGUUUCAACUUUUUAAAAGAUAUUUGCGAUUUGGUUUGAUUGGUUAUGAAUUUUACUUUAAAUAGAAUCUGCUUAUGUUUACCAGUUUCCCAAUAGCUAAAGGCAACGUUAUCUUGGAUGUUCAAUGUUCAGUGCCUUGCCUGUGUUGAGCUGUGGUCUGUGCUGAGUUGUGAUCUGUGCAAGGACAGAAGUGGAGGUGUAAUACUUGGUUGCACUGCCCUAGUUUAGGAAAAUCAGCUUUCUUCUCCUGAUUUCUAGUGACACCAAUUUGGAUGGUAUGUAAUAAUUGUGUGUAAUUAUAAGAUAAAGGUAAAACUGAAACUAGCUGGCCUGACUGGCUUAGUACACUUUCGCAUAAUGACUAAAGGAAUGUCUGACUCCUUUACAGGCUGCAAUGGGUAAAAUUAUACUGCCUUUUGGAAUUUUUGUUUGAAGUCAGAACCAAAAGUAUGUCCUGUUAGUGAUGAUAUUGCCUGCCCAUCCAAAUGUGGACAUCUAGGUAAGGUGGUUGAAGGUGUUUGUUGCAUAUGUUUAAAAUGUUAAAUUAUUCAUGGUCAUAACCUUCAGUGUAUCAUUAUAAAGGGUACUAAGAUGAUCUGAAGCUGCACCAGUAGCCCUGUGGCAGAAAGAAAGCUCUGUUGGAGACAGACAAACAAGGCUUUUCUGGCUCUGUGGCCUAUCCUCAAUAAAAAUUUGACAGUAUUCUUCAAGCAGCCAGUUAUUUGGCAGCUGCUAACUUUUAUUUCCCAUCAUCGAAUCACCCCAGGUCUUUUUUUUUUAAAAUUUAUUAACCACCUUCAGUAAAUGACCAUGUUUCCAUUGAAUAAUUUAUGUACACAGUCUGUUAAGGGCAAUGCAAAUCAUGAAAGCUGAAGGGUCCUGUGAGUUGAGGGAAGAGGGCUAAAUCAAAAUGGAGUCUGAGGGGAGCUGUUCGUAGGUCAGCUAUUUCCAUUGAUUAUUUGCAUCUGGCAAGGUUGACUGUAGGCAGGAACUCAAAGCGUUUUCACGUUGUCCCACUGUCUGGCUAUUAAAACCACCUCCAUGUAACUAAUAAGAUUCUGCCCUAGCUUUUCUGGGGUGAAAAGAUGAAGAGGAUUAAAUUUACAUUUCUGGUGUUGUAAAGUAGGUUCACAAAGAGAUUAUCUGGCAGGAAAAUCUGAGUAAAGAAAAAUAAUCUUUUGAUUUAAAAUAUUCCAUUGUAAACUGUAAAGGGAAUAGCAAAAGCAGCAGUUGCUGGAAAAUUUCAGCAGGUCUGGCAGCAUUUCUGAAGAAAAGUUAGAGUUAACGUUUCAAGUCCAGUGAUGUUUCGUUAAAACUGUUCUGAGGAUGGGUCACUGGACCCGAAACGUUAACUCUGAUUUUUCUUCAUAGAUGUUGCCAGACCUAAUGAGCUUUUCAGCAACUUCUGACUUUGCUCCUGAUUUACAGCAUCCGCAGUCCUUUUGGUUCUUAAACGGAAAACUGUUGUUUUCAAAGUGAAACUGAAUGUGGCCUAUGAAAGUUACUUUAGCUUUGAAGGUUCAGUCUCCAAUCCUGGUUUAGUAAAUCAAAGAUAUAAAUUGUAUGCCUUAUAUAGAUUAUGGUUGCCAAGACCCUUUAAAUCAUAUUCUCUACCAGGAAGAUUUAUGUAGAUAUUCGUUUUGAAUCCAUCUUGACAGUUCAUCUAACUGCAUUCACGGAUUUUCAAGCAUUCUUGUCUUAGAGAAAUUAUUUCCUUCAAAGCAUCAAGUCUACUUCACGUUUUUUUUUCUAUUCUGCAAAUAUCUGUUACUGUGAACUUUGACAUUCCUACCAGACUCUGGUGCUUUAUAAAUUCUGUGCUAUGUCUAUGUUGAAACAAAAUUCUAAAUUAGAUAAAUUUAUACUUAAAAUGUUUGUGAAAUUCAACAACUGCACUCUAGGUGUAGUUGCAAUGUUAUACGAUCAGUUACCAAGAUGGGAUUCUGUUGAAGAGGUUGAUCAGAAUCAUUUGAAACUGCUGUUAAAAAGAAUGGUGUUGUUUGGCACAGCGAGAUAUGACAGUAACAAUUUGUUAUUAAAUGUUGAAAUUUUGGCAACCCAACAUGCCAGCUGCUCAACAGGAUUUUGAAUGCUGUUCUAGGGACUAAACUUUUUUUUUCCCUAAACACUGUAUUGUGGUGCUAUAACUAGAUAACUUGUGUAAACUGCCAAUGUUGCUCAAAUACUACUGGCAGUGUUUUUAGAUUUAGAUUAGAUUUUCUGCAGUGUGGAAACAGGCCCUUCGGCCCAACAAGUCCACACUGUCCCUUGGAGAUUCCCACCCCGAUCCAUCCCCCAUAACCCACACACCCCUGAACGCUACGGGAAAUUUAACAUGGCCAAUCCACCUAGCCUGCAUAUCUUUGGACUGUGAAAACCUGUGACUGGUACUUGGUCAAUCAGCCUACAGAUAAAUUCCAUUUUCUUUAAUGCCUUUACAGGUGAAAAUUUGGAAAGGUUUAACUGUACUGAUCUCUGCCAUUUCUCAAAAGCAUCACUAUCUUUAAAUAUGGAGGUGACUCGUGACAAUUUUCUUUAAAAGCUGUUCUCUGUAGGUUGCAUUUGAAAUUGUAAUUUACUGCUUUCAAAUAACACAGCUAGUUGAUUUAUAAAAUAAUUUUUGUCUAAAACAAGAGUUUUGUUUUCUAUACCUUUUUGUAAAUUCUUGAUCUUUGAGCAAUGAUGUUGUGUUAAAAUUGUGCAUGCUAACAUGUAUUGUUGCAUAAAUGUAUACCACUGUAUUGGCCUGAGAAAAUUGGUAUUAAAAUAACUGAGUUAUACUUUUGGUGAAUGCUUAACAAAA